AUGUUUUCACAUAUUAUAUUACAGAAUAUAGUAUGUUUUAUAGAUGAUAAUAUUGAUAGAGUGUCAUUAUCACUCGUUUGUAAACAGUUGUAUGAUGAUAGACAUGGAUAUCUAAGCUUCAAGAUGGAUACAUCUCUAUUGAGUGUAUUCAGUAGACGUAUUAAACUACGAUCCUAUCGAGACAUUGUACAACAAUCCAAACAAGCUAAACAUAGUCCACGCAUGCUCUAUAUGACCGACAAAGACCUCUUUACAGGCACCUAUAAGAAGUUUGACUAUCAUAUAAUGUGCGAGUCAUCGGAUGAUAUAGACAUUGGAACUAUACCAUAUGCUGUUAAGAAUAUUACAUUGUCUAAUGGAUUCAAUAUACAGUUGACAAAGGAUAGUCUACCGAGUUGGAUAACUCAUUUGACAUUUGGUGGAACGUAUAAUGGUCUUGUUGAGGUAGAUACUUUGCCAAGAGAGUUAAGAGUGGUCACCUUUGGAAUGGACUUUAAUCAAGUGUUGGAGCCAGGUUCACUUCCACCCAAAUUGGUAUCAAUCAAAUUUGGCCUCUACUUCAAUCAACCCUUGCCAGUCGGUCUGUUUCCCAAGUCCAUUCAAGAAAUAUACUUUGGCAGUGGCUUCAAUCAAACACUUCCUAUCGAUGUGUUCCCAUCUUCUGUCACCUCUAUAAUCUUUGGUGGUUCGUUCAACCAGCCACUACUACCUGGCAUGCUCCCCGAUAGCCUCCAGGAGCUUGAACUGGGCUUCCACUUCAACCAACCUCUAGCGCCAGGUACUCUCCCUUCCUCACUCAUCAAGCUGGCAUUAUCCAAUCGAUUCAAUCAGGUGCUGGCGGUUGGCUCGCUUCCCAGCUCUAUAACCGAUCUGUUGUUUAAGAGUGACUUUGAUCAACCUAUUGGCUUUGGCGUGCUGCCAAUGUCUCUAAAGAAGCUGGAGCUUAGCGAUGAGUACAGCCAACAGCUUCAACCUGGUGUCAUACCAAGCGGUGUGGAGUCUAUCUCAUUUGGAGUCGUACACAAUCAACCAUUCACACCCGGUGUCUUGCCAGACUCUCUGACCACACUACGCACCGGAUAUGCCUAUGAUCAUCCUUUCACAUCUGGCUCAUUGCCUCGUGGACUCCAACAAUUGGUGAUGCUGGGCUCGGUCAAGCACUCGCUCACCGUCGACUCGAUACCAGACACUGUUACACAUAUAGUAUUCAAGGGACAGAUCGAUGAGGAUUUGGAGCAGGUACACAUCCCAAACUCAGUCACAAUCCUCAAGUUCUCACCAUUCUACGAGCAAUCAUUCAAGCCUGGUUGGAUACCAGACUCUGUCACCCGUCUCUAUGAAUGUGCUGUGGCCCGUCCUGGUUUGAUCCCAAGAUCCGUGACCUAUUUACGUUUCUCUCAAGGGUUCCAGGGCAUUCUAAAACCUGGCGAUAUCCCAGACUCUGUGCAACAUCUAAAGUUUGGAAAGUCUUACAAUCAAUCGUUGGAGCCUGGUGCCAUACCAUCAAGUGUUACAAGACUAAUAUUUGGGUCAAGAUACAACACACCUUUUAAUCAGGGAUCACUCCCUGAUGGCCUGGUCGACUUGUGUCUUGGAUCGCACUACUCUCAACAGCUCUCAUCAAACAUACUGUCGCCCAGUAACAAACUACAAAGUUUGAGCUUCAAUUGGCCACCUCCACCACUGGCAUCACUACCAUCUUCAAUCCGAAUGUUGGUCACACCGUUGGACUGUUUCCAAAUACGUGAGAUCGCUCCAAAUAGACUGCUCAUACUCAAUGAGUCAAUGGAGGGUGGCUUUGCACCAAGUAUCGUGGCAUUCAUCAAGUCAAUCAAUCGAUCAGUU